UUGGAAUGGAAUAAUUAUUGCCUUGACCGGGCUCUCCUCCCUUGUUCCUAGUUAACUCGGAGAGGGACCGAUAUUCAUUCAUUUACAAGAUGAGUGGAGUGGGAGCCACCUGUUUGGUUGGACCGCCUUUUAACUCCUUUUCUUGAGGAAAGACCCGUUAAAAAUGGGCUACGUUCUUGCACACCGUUAUUAUUAUUAUUGAUCUCAGUUGCUCUACCUAUAAUCGACAGGGAUUGAAAUUUAACAGAUUCUCUUUGGGUGUUCUGUUCUCUACAAGUUUCACAAUGAUUCACUUCGUGCUUCUUGUCAGUCGCCAGGGAAAGGUGAGGUUGGCCAAAUGGUAUUCCCCUUACACUCUGAGUGAAAGAUCUAAGGUAAUUCGAGAGCUGAGUGGCAUCAUUCUAAAUCGGGGUCCCAAGCUUUGCAACUUCGUGGAGUGGAGAGGAUUUAGGGUCGUGUAUAGAAGGUAUGCUGGCCUCUAUUUCUGCAUGUGUGUUGAUGAGAAAGACAACGAACUGGAGGUUCUUGAUAUCAUUCAUCAUUACGUGGAGAUACUGGAUCGUUAUUUUGGCAGUGUUUGUGAAUUGGACUUGAUCUUCAAUUUCCACAAGGCGUAUUAUAUUCUGGACGAAAUCUUGGUAGCCGGUGAGCUUCAGGAGUCAAGCAAGAGAUCAGUGAUACGGGUGGUGUGCACACAUGUAUAGAUGUCCUCCUUGCUUCGAUCUCUCACACCAUAAUAACCCUACAUGUUUUGUUCUUGAUGAAUGAAUCUUGAACGCAGGAUUCGUUGGUGGAGACGGCCAAGGAGCAGGCCAACUCGUUAAGCAGUGUGAUUGCACAAGUUACCAAAUAACAGUACAGGACCAAUCCUCCCUUUAUCAGUAGUACUGUGUUACCAUAACAUCAGCAUAAACCUUUUAUUGUCUCCUUAUCUAUCUUCAUUGAUAUUUGUUUGAUUCAUACUGCAGUUAAUUGAUAUUUGUUUCGGAAGAAGUUGAUCGGUGAGAAUAUGUGAAGUGCCUUUAGAUGCCAUCAAUUACAGAUCUCUUCCACUUCGGAUACCACUACCUCCUGCCUUAUCAUUGCUUGCUUUUAGCUACACUACUUUGGUUCAAGACAGCAAAUAUGAAAAUAAUCAUGAUAUGUUCACCUUUUUUUUCUGUUUUAAAAUGAUAAAAAAAUUCCACCAAUAAAUUCUUUAUCUUUAUUAGCCAAACACGUAAUUUAUUUCUUUUUUACACCUUUAAUUAUACAGUCU